ACAAACCGUUCUAGAGUACAUGGUUAAUUCUGGUAAGUAGUUAAACGGGUGAGCUCCCUAUGUGUUAAAUAUAUUUUAAAAUUUUUAAUUUUUGAUCUCUGCCUUAGUAUAUUAAACAAAAGCACUUAAAGCAACAUAAAACGCUUUUAUUUCUGUCUUUUGUAGUUUGAUAGCUUUUGAAGAACAAGUAGCAAUAAACACAACCCUGAAAGUCUAAUGUCCGAAGCCCAGACAGAGGGACUAACCUUAUUUUUGCGUGACCAAGCAAAUCUAAAGAAUCGUGCUGUACCAGGUACGUCUCCACGCAGAGAGAAACCAAAGUGGGAUUCAAAAUUCAACGCGAAUUUAUAUGCUUUUGCUUCACCUGAUGACCAAUUUUUGCGAACAAAACUGCAUCAUUACUACGAAUUAAAUGAAGUUAAAAGUAAAAAUAUUCGCGCUGAAGAAUCAGUUAAACAGUCCACAAAUGAAUGGUUAGAAAAUUAUGGUUUAAAAGCGAAACGAUUAACACUCGAUGAUUUCAUUGCUAUGGGUAAAAUCCCAGACGGUGUAAUGGAAGAAUUCUCAGGUAUCUUUAGACAGAUUAUUUCUAAAUUUAUUUUCAAAAUAACAGCAAAUUCAGAUUUAACUUUGAAUCAUAUUGUGGAUGGAUUCAGAAAAAAUUUCCCGUCACAUCUCGAAUAUAACUCAAAACAAGUUAAUCAAUUUGAAUGUGGACUUCACGAAUCUAUCUUCACAUAUACUAACAGAAUAAGAUGGUUGAUGGAGGAUACAAGGAAAAUAUUUGGUUUAAUUCGUGGAGAAAAUAUUGGUCUUCUGUUGGAUAGUUCAGAUGCAAACCUGGGCUUCAAUAGAGAUAAGCAAUUUAAAGAACAUUUAAUGGAAUUAGUCAACGAACAAAUAACUGCAGACAGGCUAAAAACAUUAUAUGUAGCUAGUUAUGGAACAAAUAUUAAUUCAUUAUGGCCAUAUCCAAUGUGUGCAAAUUCACGUGCUAUAAAUGAAUUAAAGUAUUUUAUUAGAGAACAGUUAAUACCAAUGGGUGGAUCGAAUUUGUUGAGUGGAAUAAAACAUAUGAUUAUGUUUGGUAGAAAACAAUUAGAUGUUAUCAUCAUAAUAUGUGGAAGUUAUCCAGAUCAACCUGCUAUAUUUAUUCAACAAUAUUUAGAGCAAAUAUUUGCUGGUUUCACAUCACCUCGACUACAUUUAGUUGCUUAUGAUUGUCGUAAUCCUGAAGUAAAUCAAUUGUUAGCUCAACUGGCCACAAUAAAAAAUGAUUUCAUCUACCAUUGCUAUUUAACUGAGAAUGAAUCGGCUGUGUAUACAAGUGAUGAAAUCGCUCGUCUACUGAAAGAGAUAAAUGAUGCACAGAAAGUUCUUGAAGUUGUUGGUCAUCUAAGACAAGAAAUGGAGAGCUCAUCUACGAUUGCUCAGCAAGCUAUAGAUGAAGUGAAUAUGGUAUCCAAUGCAAUGUGUAAUUCACCAGUAUACUACCUACCUCAACCGACUGAUACAAGUUUACUGCAUGGAAAACUUCAGUUGGAUCAUUUGCAUAGACAAUGUUGUAGACAAUGGAAACCUUUCCAACCAACUUCUUCUCAAGUUUGGUUACAUAAACAUGGGUUGAAAGCUCGUAAACUAAAUUUAUUUCAGAUAUUGGCACCAAAUGCAUAUUCACAAGUUGUUGGUUAUGUCCCAUCAAUUCAACGCUCUGUUAGUGCUCAAAUACAUGAAAAGUGCAUGGUUCAAGUUAGGUGGCUUGAUGGAUCAAUUAAAAAUGUCCAUGUUGAUCCUAAUGAAUUAUAUAAAUACCAAACACAGAUAACAAAUUUGGUUGGAUUAUUAGAAAAACGAAUUCAUUGGUUAACUCAAAAAAGUCGUGGAUACUUUGGCACCCUUAUAGAACCGAACGUAAUAAUUUUAAUUGAUUUAUCAGGGUAUAAUACUAUCUAUAUGGUUCAUAUACACUAUUGUCUACGUCAUUUACUCGAAGAACAAAUUUCAACAAAAUCCAAAUUUAAUUUAAUGAUAUUUGGUUCGGAUUCUAAGGCUUAUCAGUCGAAUUUAAUUGAUGUGAAUGCUAAUAAUUUACAAGCUUCAUGGGAUUGGUUUAAAACGCACAAUUGCAGUGGCAGUCGUAAUUUAUUAAGUGCUUUGAGAUUAGUGUUUGAAAGUCAGUCAGAAAAAGAUUUGUUUGAAUCACAUUUAGGAAUUUAUAUAUUUACAUCAGGUAUACCUGAUCAGGAUAGUGAAGUGAUUUCAUCUUAUUUGGAAGCUAAACGUUGUACGUUUUUAAAUACCCAUGUACAUGUGGCAUUAUACCAUGUGGACAAUACCAUUACAGAUAAACACUUUCCAUGUCGUUAUGCAAACAUUACAGAAACUGCAAAUUCUUUACGUGAAAUAGCCCAUUCAACCCCAAAUGGACGUUUUCAUUGGUUUCGUGAGAAUGGUAUCAUAGAAAGUGAUGAUGUUCGCGUUCUGUUGGAUGAAAUAGACGAAGCGGUCAGCUAUUCAAAACAAGCUCAGUUACUUGUAGCAUCAAUCACAGAUAAACGAGUCGGAUCAGAAGUUAAUUGGAAUAAGUCUGAUAAAAGCAUAGUUUCAAAGAGUAGCAGUACGGCUAAUCAAUUAAUGGGUGGGUGGGAUCCUUCAAAUCAAAUUGAACCGCGUUUAAACUUAUUAACAUUGGCUAGGAAAGAAGCUAUUGACGCAAAAAUGAAAAGUAUUACCACUGAUAAUGAUUCACAUCCAAAAGCUUUGACAUGGUAUCAAGAGAUCAAUAACACUGACAGGAUACGAUCUAAUCCAAUGAAAAGCAAAGUUUCUGGAAGAAAAAAAUCUAAUAUCUUAGUAAAACCAAUUCAAAUUAAACGAUUCAACUGUCAAAUACCUACAGAUGAAGAAAGACUUACGAGUCGUGAAUGGCUACGUAAAUACAGUAUUCGUAGUUUGGGACUUAAUUUGACGCGUCUCACAUCUGGAAUGGAUUGCAAACAUGAAAUGUCUUUUGUUAAUUCCACUCGAACAAUGGUUCAUGCACGCUAUUGUAGCGGGUUGUUUCCUCUUGUAAAUGUGGCUGGAACUCUUAGACAUCUUCAGUAUACCUUGGACGAACUAGAAGCUUUUGAACAAGAGGCAGGAAAAUAUAAUUUAUCACAUUUAAAUUCACUUGUUUAUAGGAACAAGGUGUUUUUCAAUAUGGUUAGUUUUAGUAGUACAUUACUUGAGUGGCAGGCUUCCGGUGUAGUAAUGGCAGAUGAAAUAUAUUGUCAUGAUGCUAUUGCAUGGAUUGAUCAACUGAAGGCUACGGGUGGUACGUGUACCGGUGAAGCAAUUCUGUGUGGUUUAAAUCAUUUACAAAUUAUGAAUUCAUCAAAUAUCAAAGAAAUGCAUGAUGUAAACUUCAAUGAAAUGAGUAAAGGGAUAUAUUUAAUUACAGACGGUAAACCGGAUGUUAGCUGUUCUUCAUUGAUUAAAAAUAUUAAUGAAGUUUGGAACCUCACUCCUGACAGUAAUGUUGACUCACAGAAUACAAAAAUAGCCAGAACCUCUAAAACGUUAAAUAGCACAACAAGUAAAAAGGAUAAAAUCAAACAUACAAAAGCUUCUAAAUUGGUACAAUUACACAAAUGUCCACCAAUACACACAAUCUCUUAUACAAAUGAUCAAACUGCUUUAUUAUUUCUGAAAAAAUUAUCAAAUUUAACUAAUGGACGUUUUCACACAUUUCUGGAUAUGACAUCAACAAUUAAUGUGUUUUUAGAUUAUUUAUUACAAUCUUUAUCUAAAAUGAACACAAAUGAAAAUGAUAAUAGAUCCACAUAUCAAAAAGAUAUUUUAUCAUUUCCUAAUAUUCAAUCAGAUGAUAUUAGAUUAAUACAGAAAGAAAUUCGAACAACUUAUAGAACAUUGAUUUGUCUAAAAUAUUUUCAAGAUGUAUAUAAAGAAACAAAAUUGCUUCGAAAGUAA